CACUGACUUUAUUGGCCAUUGUCAUCUCACAUCUGUGCUCCACGGGAACCCCAUAGGGCCAUAGCUAUAGCUUCUCGGUUCUAAAUUGGCUUCGCUUUCAAAUUCUUUAUAAAAAUUCACUUAUUUUUCUGUUAAAAUCGAAAAUUUAAAGAAGUUCUCCAAAAAAACUCAUUUCAGUCACAAUUUUUCGAUUCUCAAUGUGAUAAAAUAGUUUCCACUUGGCGGUUCACGGGAGUCUACUUUUUCCUCCAUAUCCAUGGUUUCAGUUUCGUUUUCGGUUUCCUUUCACCAUAUGCUUGAGUGUUAACCUGUGAUUGAACUUGAACAAAGUCAAAUUUGUGUAUAGUUCAAUUUGAUCUUACUUAAGUUAUCAUUUUAUUGGAUAAAUUAAUAAAAUGUUGCAUUUUUAUAUUGUUGCACUUAAUCUGUUGGUGGUUAUGCCCUUUUAUUGUGAAGGCAUACAAAACUCCGCGAACGAUGACAGCAGUAAACCAGAGCUUAAGGGAAAACUCGUAUUUGCGCACGUUCUGUUUCGGCAUGGGGACAGAACACCAGUUGAACCAUACCCAUCGGAUCCGUAUGGUGAUGUCAAUGCCUGGCCAACUGGAUGGGGCCAACUGACUAACAUUGGUAAAAGACAACAUCAUGAAUUGGGAAAAUGGCUGCGGAAACGGUAUAACUCAAUUCUCAAUAUAACCUACUCCAAAGAAGAUAUUUACAUUCGUUCGACAGAUGUCGAUCGUACGCUUAUGAGUGCUCUAUCCAAUUUAGCAGGCCUAUAUCCACCCGUACGAAAAGAUGUUUGGGAUGACAACAUCGCAUGGCAACCAAUUCCAGUUCAUACAAUCCCUGAAAAUCAAGACGAUAUUCUAGCUGGGAAAAAAUCAUGUCCGGCAUAUGAGUACGCAUAUUCGGCGAUGAAAAACUCACCAGAAUUUCAAAAAUACGACGAACGCUACACAUAUCUCUAUGAAUAUCUAACCAAGUGGACAGGCCGAAACAUUGACUCGUUGGAAAGUGUUCAACGAAUUAAUAAUACACUUUUUAUCGAGGGGCUUUAUAAUUUGACGCUGCCAGAUUGGACAAAGAAGGUUUAUCCCAGCAGCGAUAUGACAUUCAUUUCGGACUUUUCGUUUGCUUUGUUUACAUACACUCGUCCAAUGGCUCGAUUAAAGACCGGUCCCUUGAUAAAAGAAAUGUUCAAAAGAUUCUCCGAUAAAGCCCAAAAUAAAUUGAAACCCAAUCGUUCUCUGUGGAUCUACAGUGCCCAUGAUACAACUGUGGCGAAUGUUCUUAACACCCUUAAACUUUUUGAAUAUCAUAGCCCUCCGUAUGCUGCAUGUGUGAUGCUUGAACUUCGUAUCGAUGACCAUAAACAGCCUUAUGUUUCCAUUUUUUACAAAAACACUCCCCGCGAGCCAAAACCACUAGAGAUUCCCGGUUGCGGUACAUCGUGUCCUCUGGAUCGAAUGUAUGAGCUUUAUAAGGAUAUUUUACCUGAAGACUGGGCGAGCGAGUGUAAGCUUUCUAUGCUUUCUAUGACCUAUGAAGAAGCUAAUCUAGGCAAUGCUAUGGGAAUUCUUGUAGCGGCAAUUGUUAUCAUUCUUCUACUAAUCUACGUUGCAUCGAUAUAUUUCCGACGAAGAAGCUAUAUGGACUAUCGACGCUAUGCCCAAGUUGCCUGAUAUACAAGAAUUACACUUCUCUAGAUAUUUCUUUAUGUGUGCUUAAGAAUUCGAAGACAAUUUAGGCAUUUACGCUGUUGGCAUUUAUUCCUUCAUUUUCUUAGGUGUGUCAUUUUCUAUCGUCUUUAUAUCUAGUUAUACAAAAACAUGAUCUUAUUACAAGUUUUUUUUUUUCAUUUUUAAAUAAGGAAAGACUGUUGUAACGUGUAAGAUAUUUAUCUUCUAUAAUAAUUAAUGUACAUACAAAAUAAAAAAAAUUUAAGGUACUCGAGAUUGUUUACUGGUGUCUCACUAACUCAACUAUUUAAUGAAAAGGACAUACUUUUGAAAUGAAUUAAAAUAUUUUUUAGAGUUAAUUUUUGAUGUAGAUUUUAGUGUUUUUGUUUAAAGCGAUCUGUAAAAAUUAAUUAAACAUAUUUGUUUUUAGUUAGUUACUGAUUUAUAACUUGGUUGAUUUAAAAUCUACUCGAAAUUAUUAUUAAUUAAAUUCUUACCAGAUUCAUUCAUUUUAUCAAAAAAUUUAAAUUUGGAAGGGAAAGAUUGUUAAAGAAUGACUUUUAUAUUGAUAUAACUUUUUUUUAAAUAAUAAUAAAACUUUGUUAUUGUGGACUUAUGAAUAAAAUAAAAUUGAAAAUAUUUUGAAACUUUAA